AUGCAACGUCAAGCUUCGCGAUUCUUUGUCGAAAAGUUGAAUGAGCGCGGCCUUUUGAGAAUCGGUUUGAUUUUUUUUUUCAAGUUUUUCUUACGAGUGAACAAAAAAUUUGUAAAAGGAUAGGCUUUAUUUUCAAAAAAAUUCUUAUUUUUUCAGGCAGUACCAACUUUUCUGCUGGCGCUCUAUCCGUCCGCGCACAGAAAAAAAUCGCAAGCAAAAUUUCAAAUGGGUCUUGUAGAAUUUUGAACUAAUAUAUACGAUUUGAUUUUUGCAGAAGUCUAACGAAAAUCUUUCUUUCUCCGGCGACGGAGCGUCUUUUUGAACUAGUCAACAGCCUAUUACAGACUCAUUUCUCGAAGAAAGAUGCAGAUAAGGUGAGGAAUUCAAGUCGUAUGUAGAAUGGCUAAAAAUGCGUCGCGGAUAGUUUGAAAUGGGGAGUGAAAUAGAGUUAUUGUCCUAUAGUGUGUAAUAGGGCAAUAAAUCUCUAUUUGGCAGCAUUUUUCAAGCAUAAAUUAAGUGAAGUCAUUCGAAGUCGGGCGCAACUAAAUAUGGAGCAAGUACCGAAAUGCAACCGCGAUGCGUUGAGCCAUUCUAAUUCCGCGGUUUUAUGUCGUUCUAAACAAUUUUGACGUGUUUUUCAGGUCUGCAAGAACAUGAUCAAGCUUGGAGUGAAGAUUGGGAUUUUGUCGGCGAAUAAUAUGCUGACGAAGGACGAAGAAACUCAGCUCGAAGUAGUCCAGAAAAAAUUGCGCUCUUUGGUUUUGACCGUCCUUUCUUUGCAGCAGGUUUUUAUUUUUUCUUAUAUUUCUAUCAAAUAUGUAAAGUCACGACUUUUCUGAGAUAUAUAAGAUAAUGGGAGGAAAAGAACGGGCUAUAGCCGAUUCACGGCUAACUUGGGACGCAAAGAGGCGUGACCUGUCUGCGCUCUCCACGGAUUAGGCACUGUCUCUAUUCUUAUCGUGUCAGGACCCUUUUAAAGAUGGCUCAAGCCAGCCGCGAAUCAGCUAUAGAGAAUAGGUCGGAAUUUUUCAGGUCGCCUACUCCUACGACAGAACUUUUCUCAUUGAGCGGAUGACAUCACUUAAGGAAUCACUUCAGCCUGUUGUGAGUUUGCGAGACACUAGCUUGACCACUUGAAGCUUGUGAAAUUUGAUGCAGAACCGCUAUUUGCAAUUCGACAAGUCUAGGAACUCAAUUUAAAACUCAUUUUAAUGCGAAUUUCAACUUAAAGGACCAUUUGAACUUUUCAUAAGUCAAUUUACAGGUGAUGCUCAACCUGUCGGACAAGUCGGCACAACGGCUCGACCACAUUUUCGACCAUUUUGAAACUCCCGCCUUUUUGGACGCACUUUUCCUGGUUGGUUUUCAUUGAUGGGCUAUUCACCACAAAUUUGAACUUGAUGGCCGCAUUUGGAAUGGAUCGAGAUUCAGGUGAACGGUCCACACGACGCCUUGCUGAAGAAGGUGGUUGCAGCAUUGACAGAACUCCUCGAUACCGAUGACAUUUGA